CAAAAAGCUCCUGCGUCUAUGCUGUUGACUAGAAGCUCCUCGACACAUUGCUGUAAUGAGGGAAGAGCGACACCAGAGCGAAGUUUCCCUUGUACCUCUUUGGGGGAUUGUUUAACUUUAAAGGAAAACCUGACACCAUGAACUCACGAGCCAAAUUUCCUCAAGAAAGCAGUGGUACAAUAAAAAGCCAUUUUACACCCAAACACAGCGAACUGAAUGUCAAAGGAAGGGAUAUGGAAGAGAAACCAUUUCCAACCAAGCCUGUUUGUCCCAAAAAAAAAUCUACCCCACAUGGCCCUAAUUUAGAAAAGAAAUCUGAAGAUGCUCCCAACAGUACAUCACUAGGCAAAGACACACUACUUGAAGAACUACAGAUGCCCAAAGUAAUUCAAGAAAAACAGCUGAUGGUACAGAAGAAAUUGUGGAAACUUGAAGAUGCAUUCCGAGCGAAGAUUCAGCUUGAUCAUGUUGGUGUUAAUGUUUAUAGAGGCAACCAGACUGUGGAGAAGAAACAUUACAAGAGACGACAAGAAAAUGUAAACACUGAUACUAAAACUAAGCAGAGGACAGAAGUGAGAAGUAAUGAAAUGCUGACUGAAAGACACAAUCCCAAACAAUACAAGCUCAGGCAAGACACAAUAACAAAGAAAACUGAACGGUCGGACGAGAUGUCUGCAGGGGAAACAUUGACGAUGAGGAAGGAAGAAAGCAGUGCAACAUAUGCGAAGAGUGAACAACCACAUAGUCAACAGAAAUCUAGCUGUAGGUUAGCUAUAGGAGACAGAGAUAUGGCAGGAAAAACAUUGCAUGAGGAACUUAUUCUGCCACAGGAUUCUUCUAGUCCACCCCAGGAGCUUGAACUUGAGAGCACAGAUAAAAAUAUCCAACUUUUUCCAUGCAGCAUCUGCAAACGAAAUUUCAUGCAAGAUAGACUGGAGAAGCAUAUGCAGAUCUGUGAAAAGGUGAAAAAGGCCAAGCACCCGGUCUUCGACUCAUUACUGCAUAGGACCAAGGGAUCAGCUAUGGAGGAGUUCUUGAAAACACACACCAGGAGCAGAACCCCUGAGGUGCUACGAAAAAAGAAGCAGCAAAAGAAGCAGAAGUAAAACUUAGAAGUGAAGCAGUCAACUUUUCUGCAAAUCUGCUGUAAUAUAAAUCAAUAUGUCUUUAGUAAUAGGCUGAAAGCAAG